AUGUCGCACAUUCCAAACAGAGCAUUCAUCUACUACUGUCCUUAUCCGCUAGUAGAUCAGCACAAGCUUGAGCAUGUCCAUCAAGUAGCAAGAGAGGGAUGUUCAGGGCAAAUUGCAUUGGAAAAAGAACGUUCUGAUUCAAACCAAACAGUGCUUCAGCUAGUGGGCCUAUUUGGUGCUAGCGACAUCAAAUCAGAAUUCAAACAAAGAUUUAAUGACAUGUCAUUGGCUAUCGUUUCCAAUGAUCCUCAUACAAUUCAGAUGGCACAACAACUUGGGUGCCAUUGCCAAGACAUAACGACAGAGUUACAAGUGAAUCAAGACGUUGUGUUUGUGGAUUUUACAGGCUAUAGUGAUGUCGGUGCGUGGUCAACAUUGGACAUAUUCGUAGGUCAACAUGCAAGACCAGACACAAUCCAAUGCAUCAUCAGUACAAGCACGGAUGCUGGCACAGAGGAAACAGGCAGCAAACAACAAUGGUGGGAUGCUAUCGUCCCUCGUCAAAGCCAUCUCAUGAAAAACGGUGAGCCAUUGAAAGACGCAGUGCAAGAUCAGACACUUGUAUACUCUUAUCUUCAUGUGGGGUCUUCCAGACAAGAUGGUGUCUCUACAUUCAACGCACCAGACAUCAAAUCCAAGGGUAGCAAUGGCACCAUUCUAGCAUGGCAUUUAUUGGCUGAAAUAGGGCAUAAACUAGGCUUUGUGCCCAAGUAUGGUGCUUAG